UUCUUCUUCUUUCUUUUUUUAUUAUUAGCUGUUCCUUUUGCAGGCACCAGCUGCUGAGCAGAGCCAGGCGUGCUAGGACCCACCACCACAGGAGCUGGCUGCUCCAGAUGGCCACAUACAAACUGUGACCCCCAGGACUUCACCAAGGUGAUGCCGGGGAUUGAACCUAGGACCUCAUGCGUGCAAGGCAGAUGCUCUACCACUGCGUGACGGCCCUUAAUGCUGGGCAGGAGGGAGGCGGCAGACAGGUAGGAAGCUAUGGCUAUUUUCUCCAGGAAGACACAGCUGGGAUUGGAGGGUGCAAGAACACCAUUACUUGGCUGACUUUCUCUUCUCCUAAAGAUACAGGAUCAGUCUCAGGCCAGGAACCUGGCAACCCUAGUCUGACUGCUAUCAACUCACUUUGGCAGCCAAUCCAAUUCCAACACCUCCCUGAACUUUCAGCUACAAAAGCCACUGGAGAUCUGAGGGAAUCCCAGCAUCACUCUCCAGGAGUCGCAGUGAUGAAGGUCCUGGCCCUCACCCUCCUCUGCCUCCUCAUUGCAGUGAAUGAAGCCAGAGUGUUUGAGAAAUGUGAACUGGCUCGAACUUUGAAACAGAAGGGGAUGGACGGAUACCGUGGUAUUAGCCUGGCCAACUGGAUCUGUACUGCAUAUUAUGAAAGCCGCUUCAACACCGCAGCCGUGGGGCCACCCAACUCAGAUGGCAGCCGUGACUAUGGGAUUUUUCAGAUAAACAGCCGCUGGUGGUGUGACAAUGGAAGGCGCCCAACAGCCAAUGGCUGCAAAUCCUCCUGCUCUGCUUUCCUACGUGAUGACAUCACAAAUUCCAUUGAGUGUGCUAAGAGAAUUGUCCGUGACCCCCAAGGGAUGAAUGCCUGGCGAGUUCAGUGGUGCUGCCUACCUCAAGUGAUGCCGGUGGCUCUGUCAGCCUUAGACUCUGCCUUCACUCAGCAAUUCCUGUGCACCGUGAGAGUCCCCCGUGCUGUAGCCAACACAGCAAGCACCAUCACCGCCCUUGCUGUAACUGCUGAGAGCCGGUUGUUAAACAUUUGCAGGCACACCACUGAUGACAUCUAUGUAUUUAUGAUCGAGCAGACUAAAAAGGAGGAGGAGUUGGAGCAUUGGGCACUCAGGCGGUUCCUAGACAGAACAAGAGAUCUGAGAACCACAGAGGGAAUGUUCUUACCAGUUCAACUGAGGUCUCUGGGUGUGCCUAACACCACAUGUGGGAGAGAACCAUGUCCCUAGACACAAUGAAUGGCAUAGUCUCUGAGUUAAGCACCACCUUACUCCAGCCACUUGCAUGCACCCCACACUUUUCAAGCAGUGCAAGAUGUCUUCCAAAGCAACAACCAUAUCGGCCCAAGUUUUUUUUCCCUCCAUGCUAGACCACGGGAGAAAUUAUGUUGCAUGGCUUGCAAUGUUGCCACAUCUCAAUAGUUGCACAUAAAAAAAAUGUAUGGCAAGAAGGGAUACCUGCAUGUGCUGACAAAGUGUUGUUGUGUUGUUUGUGGUUGUUUUUAUUUGGAAAUGAACCGUGUUUAAAGUAUAA